AUGAAACCCGCUAAUUGCAAUACAAGGCAGAUUAUCUUUAAAUUUUGCACAUGCUAUUUAUUGUAUUCUAUAUGCUUACGCCCAAUUAACUUGCAUUCGUGAAUUGGAGCUCGAUGACCAACAAAAAUACUUCCAUCCUGCCUCAGAUCCAACUCUUUGCAGACUUUGAAUCCACAGACUCGUGCAACCUCAUUGCUCAAUCUUCGUCUUAUAUGCCUUGAUGCCAGUCCUUCUCUCAAGAUAUCUUAUCUUAAUAUUUACGGCCUGUCAAAGGCUUAG